GAAGCAUUAUAUGCUGAGCUAGUUUUGAAGACGAGUGGGAAAUGUCGUGAAAGCUAUGUUAAAAUGACUUAGAAGUGAAAGAAUAUGACCUUUUUCUCUUCAUUGUUGAUGAAACAUCAAUACUGGAACUUGUUGCAGGACUUUUAGGUGUAAGUUGAACAUGUGGUAUACGCUCUGUGAAGACACCUAAGCCCUUGUCCCUAACCCAACUGUUCCUCUUCAUCCACUUUCGACAAUUGAAUACAGGUUUAGGUGUUCCAACCAAAACACUAACGAAAUACAAGAACCUACUCCAUCUCAUCAGACUCCUGUCCAAAGUUUAAGGUAUAUAUAUAUAUUCUCCCUUACAGACCCUCCAAUCCAUCAUCAGUAGCAAAGAAAUCUUCUUAACUCUCCUCAUCUUCUUGUCCUCUCAAAUGGCAGUUCAAAAACUCGUUUCGUUUUCAGCCAAGGCUGUAGCCUACCUACUGCUCCUCACUGUCACCAUUGCUUUCUCUACCUCGGCGCGAGUUCUUGAGGAGCAACCAGAGUUGCCCAUUUCCCUCUCAGGGGCAUCCAAUUCAGUUCAGCAGCCUGUUGCUGGUGUAGCUCCAAUCGCUACACCUGCAGUGGCACAACCAAACCCUGGUGUGGCUGCAGCUGCUACACCUGCAGUGGCACAGCCAAACCCUGGGGCAGCGGCACAGCCAAACCCUGGGGCAGCGGCACAGCCAAACCCUGGUGCAGCAGUACAGCCAAACCCUGGUGUGGCGGCACAGCCAAACCCUGGUGCAGUGGCAGCUACUAGUGGUGGCAUGGCUCACGAUGACCAUCCCUUGUCCUUCUUUAUGCACGACAUAUUAGGUGGGUCGAACCCCUCAGCUCGAGCUGUGACUGGGAUUGUUACCAACCCAGCAGUCAAUGGUCAGGUCCCUUUUGCCAAGCCAAAUGGGGCACUCCUCCCAGUAAACAAUGGGGUACCCCUCAAUAGCGGUAACAGUGGACUUAUAAACAACAACAACAUUCCAUUCCUCACUGGCCUUAGUGGAAUUACACCUACUGUGAUUCCAAACAACGGCAACAACUUGUUCAAUGGUGGCAAUGGACUACCAGUUGGAAAUGGGGGUCAGUACCUUGCAGGUUCCAGCCUUCAGAAGCUCAUGUUUGGGACCAUGACAGUGAUAGACGACGAGAUAACUGAAGGGCAUGAGCUCGGGUCUGGUUCAGUGGGGAAGGCACAAGGAUUCUAUGUUGCAAGUUCUGAGGAUGGUACUAGUCAGACAAUGGCAUUUACAGCCAUGUUCCAGAGUGGAAGCUAUGCUGAUAGCCUUAGCUUCUUUGGGGUUCAUAGAACUGCUGUCUCAGAGUCUCAACUGGCCAUUAUGGGCGGAACUGGGAAGUAUGUUAAUGCAAAGGGGUUUGCAACAGUCAAGACCAUCCCCCCAACGCAUCAGCAAGCCACAACUGAUGGUGUAGAGACACUGCUCGAGUUCACUGUUUAUGUUACCUACUAAUAUGUUGUAUAUGGAUCUUCAAGUUUGUUGAAAUCUCUGUACCAGAGAUGGAGUUUACCAACUAAUCUCUUUACAGGGCAAGGUUUGGUUUGUUUAUGAAUCCAGAAAAAUGGAAUGGUUUCCAAUUUGUUUCCA